UUCUGAUAGCAGUGGCGAAUUUGAAGUAAACGAAUGGCAUAAAAACAAGAUGUAUAAAAUGAAUUCUGCGUUAUCAAGUUUUGUAAGAGGAGCAUGUCAGCAUCUUCUCCAGCCUCUGAAUUCAACCUGUCGGACAAGUGGAGGAAAUGUCCUGCGCACACUGUACUCGAGUCCCGUCCGGUUACAAGAAGCUGAAAUUCAAGCACAACAGGACACAAGUGCAGGUCCUGCAAAGAGCUCCAAAGAGUUCAGUUUUUAUCCUCCGUUUCCAGGACAGGACAGCGGCUUAAGGUGGGGUGGCAAAAGCUUUGAAGAAUUACCAAUCGUGCACAUAAAAGCCACCUAUAACAACACUCAUAUCCAGGUGACGGAUAGUGUGGGUCAGUCUCUUGCCAGAACUUCAUGUGGCACGGAGGGUUUCCGAAAUGUGAAGAAGUCCACACCCAUCGCAGCUCAGACCACCGGAAUCUCAGCUGCUGCGAAGGUGCAGGCGAAGGGGGUGACGUUCGUGCGGGUGCUGGUUAAAGGACUGGGCCCCGGCCGCUUGUCUGCCAUUAAAGGGUUAACCAUGGGAGGACUGGAGAUCGUGUCCAUCACGGACAACACGCCGGUUCCACACAAUGGCUGUCGGCCUCGUAAAGCCCGGAGAAUUUAAACCCCGGUAAUCCGGUCAGCGUGUUGUGGUAAACAACAGAAGCCUGAUCUUCCAGCAGAGAUAAACACAACACAAACAUCACGCCGUCGCUGAAUUCUGACGGUUUAGCGGCUUAAUGGUUUCACUCUGACACCCACGUGUCACAUCAGUGUUCAGGCUGUUCGGUGGGUAGAUUUGUGGUCUCUGCUUUGUUUUAUUCUCCUGAUCUGAUCUUGGAGAAAUAAAAGAGUUUAUAUGAUGA